AUGCCACCAUCUACUAUCCCGGUGUGGCUUGACUGUGAUCCAGGACACGAUGACGUGUUUGCGAUUCUUCUGGCUGCCCACCAUCCAUCGUUGAACCUUCUCGGUAUCACCACAGUCCAUGGCAACUCAUCUUUAGCGAACACUACAGCGAAUGCUGGCAGUGUUUUAGAGGCUAUCGGGCGACCAGACGUUUUAGUCUAUCCCGGCUCAAAGAAGCCGUUUAGUCGAGCUGCAGUACAUGCGCCGGAUAUCCAUGGAUACUCUGGUCUCGACGGCACAGACCUCUUACCUAAAGCAAGCCGACCCCCUGUUCUGGAUAUAAACCCAAUAUUAGCGAUGCGCAAUGCUCUGCUAGCUCAACCACCAAAUACAGCAUGGCUCGUGGCUACAGGCACAUUGACAAACAUUGGCCUGCUAUUCGCAACCUUUCCUGAAGUUGCAGACCAUAUAAGAGGUCUGAGUAUUAUGGGUGGAGCCGUUGGGGAAGGCUUCACGGAUGUGCCCAUGAGCCGGCUGCCCGGAGAAGAGUCUCGCAUUGGAAACACUACGCCGUGGGCGGAGUUCAAUAUAUACUGUGACCCAGAAGCGGCCCAAUCUAUAUUAUCGAAUCCAAUUCUCAGCCCAAAAACGACAUUGAUAGCAUUGGAUUUGACGCACCAGGUGCUUGCGACUGUUCCUAUCCAGGAACGAGUACUGAAGACCACCACCUCACAAGCAUCAACAGCAAGCAAAUUGCGUCGAAUGCUAUACGAGUUGCUUGUGUUCUUUGCAAACACCUAUCACUCAAGGUUUGGUAUGGAGGGUCCACCAUUGCACGAUCCGUUAGCAGUAGCUGUGGUCUUAUCGAGCCUAAACUCGGACUACCAGCAAGCACAUCCGGAUACUGUCCUCGGAUUCAACGACAAAAACGGAGAGCGAUUUGCCGUCCAAGUUGUCACUGACGGGCAACAUGGGAGCACUACUGCAGUCACCGGGCAGCUAGGUCGUACGAUAGCAAAGCCGGUGGAAGGCCAAGGGGUAAGCAUCCCUAGGGCUGUGGAUAAUGAUGCGUUUUGGGACUUGGUCCUUCUAUGCUUGGAGCGUGCCGAACAGUGUACUCCGCUCGGCAAAUAA